UCAACUUUGUGCAAGUGUUACUCCUAAGGAGUUCUCGUUAUUAUUCGGGUUUCCCGUUUUUUUUCUUUUUGUUAAGAGUUUGAGUGAUUCCUUUUGCUAUUUCCUUUUUUAAUACUUGCAUAUAAAUCGAAGCGUAUAUAUUUUCCUUUCAUUUUUUUAAUCACUGUCGUCAUGGGAGUUGAUAAGUUAAUACCAUGUAGUGUAAAAUUAUCUCAAGUGAUACAAAAAUCCGGUUGUGACGUUUUAUGCGUAAUUGAUCGUCAAAUUCCCAAAGAAUUGGUCGAGCAAUUCAAUGAUUUUCGUUCGUACGAUAAAGCAUUCGAUACGAUGGUAUCAUGUUUCAAAUCAUCGAAAUUAAAUAUGCCCGUGGUUUAUUCACCUCUACCCGAAUUAACCGAUUAUCAUGAUGUGCGCUGUUAUCAAAACGCAGCGGCUAAAUCGCUAGAACGUGCCAUUAAGGCCGGUUUCAAGGCACCUUUGUUACUAGUGCCGGAAAGUGAUAAAUUCGCCUACGCGCCGUUGUGUACCGUAUUGGGUGCUCUUUCUGAGCUUUAUGUGCCUAUUCAAUAUCGUGAAGACGUGCCUGACAAAAGUCAACGCAUUUCCAAUCUGUCUGUAAUGAUAUCUAGUCCCAAAGCUGAGGAAAUUUUGAAAGAAGCUUUACUACUAGAAUCUGGACGUUUUGUUGCGCGUGAUAUUGGUGUUGGCGAUCCCGAACGAAUGGCACCACCACGAAUCGAGGAAUACGUUACAAAAAUAUUUAAGAAUUUGAAAGUCAACGUAAUUAGUAACGUGGAUACGAUUACCAAGGAAUAUCCAUUGUUCGCUGCCGUUAAUCGGGCUGCCAAUCAAAUUGAACGUCAUCGCGGGCGUAUAAUUUUUUUGGAAUAUAAACCACCUCAACCAGCUAAAAAGACCCUAAUGUUAGUUGGUAAAGGUGUAACUUAUGACACUGGUGGCGCUGAUAUUAAGGCUGGAGGGAUUAUGGCUGGUAUGUGCAGGGAUAAAUGCGGAGCUGCCGCAGUAGCUGGAUUUAUGCAAAUUGUUAACGAGAAAAAACCUGCAGACAUCCAUGUAAUUGCUGCUUUAUGCUUGGUACGUAAUUCAGUCGGCGAAGAUUGUUACGUAUCCGAUGAAAUUAUUACCUCACGUGCUGGCGUACGUGUACGCGUCGGGAAUACAGACGCCGAGGGCCGUAUGUGUAUGGCCGAUGCUUUGUGUCGUAUGAAAGAAUUGGCUGUUUCUGAAAAUUUGCCUGAUCCUCACUUAUUUACGAUUGCCACUCUAACCGGUCAUGCUGCUUUGGCUGCUGGUUCCGGUUACUCAAUCGUAAUUGAUAAUAGUGUAGCUCACUGCACUGGUCAUGCGCGUAAACUUCAGGAAAUCGGGCAAAUGUUUGGUGAUCCUUUUGAGGUAUCUACGUUGCGACAAGAUGAUUUUGAUUUUAAUGCCGGUAAAGUGAUUGGUGAAGAUGUGGUUCAAUGUAAUAAUCUUGGAUCGUCACGUACACCGCGUGGCCAUCAGGUGCCCGCUGCUUUUCUUAUCCAAGCCACGGGUCUAAAUAAACAUGGCUUGGAUUCGCCUAAGCCCUUAAAAUAUACGCAUCUAGAUAUCGCUGCUAGUGCCGGCGAAUUACCUGCACUCCCCACUGCCGCUCCCAUAAUAGCUUUGACUAAAGCUCAUUUAAACUAAAGUGCUUUAAAUAUGCAUAAAGUAGACAACUAAACUCUGGGACGAUUUUUUAUAUAAUUCAUUUUUCUUACUUUCUUUUAUAAAAUUACGAAAUGAAUUCCUUAUGUUUUUAUUGAAUUUAAAUUUAUUUUGAAUAAAAUAUGCGCGACAUCACAUUCGAAUAUCAAAUAA